GGCAUGGCUUGCACCAGGAGAACCAAAACUUUGGUGUCCACAUGCGUGAUCCUGAGCGGCAUGACCAACAUCGUUUGCCUGCUCUAUGUCGGAUGGGUAACCAAUUACAUCGCCAAUAUUUACAUCAAAGUCCCGAUGCCUUUACCGGAGAGAAAGUUGGAGGGUGACAAAAGAGGCGACACUCUCCGGAUCAUUGAGAGACUUGAUCGGCUGGAGAAUGUGGUCAACCAGCACAUACAAGAGACUCCAGGGAGGGGAGAAGAUGGUCAGGCGGACCCAUCAUUCUCUGAUUCGUCGCUGUUCGCUCACUGGGGUCAGGAGCUCAGCCCAGACAACCGGCGAGUGGCGCUAAAGAUGUUCCAGUACUAUGGCUAUAACGGCUACCUCAGCGAUCGUCUCUCUUUAGACAGGCCAAUACCAGACCUGAGGCCAGAUGGGUGCAGAAACAUCACUUAUCCUUUAAACCUUCCUCAAGUGAGCAUUGUGUUCAUUUUUGUGAAUGAAGCCUUGUCCGUCAUUCUGCGGUCCAUUCACUCUGCCAUCAACAGGACGCCCUCCCACCUUCUCAAAGAGAUAAUCCUGGUCGACGACAACAGCAAUAACAAUGAGCUAAAGGAGAAGCUGCAGGAUUUUGUGUCUGAGACCAACAGCCAGCGUCCAGGAUUCAUUAAGAUGGUGCGGCAUGCCAAGCAGGAGGGUCUGAUCCGCUCCAGAGUGAGCGGAUGGAGGGCUGCCACUGCCCCAGUUGUUGCCCUGUUUGAUGCCCACGUCGAGUUCAACGUCGGCUGGGCUGAACCCAUUCUGCAGAGAAUUAAAGAAGACAGAACCCGCAUUAUCUCCCCAUCAUUUGACAACAUCAAGUACGACACGUUUGAGAUCGAAGAGUACCCACUGUCUGCCCAGGGCUUUGACUGGGAGCUGUGGUGUCGCUACCUCAACCCACCCAAAUCUUGGUGGCACAAGGGCAACAAGAGUGCACCAAUCCAGAGCCCGGCCCUGAUUGGCUGCUUCGUGGUGGAUAGGCAGUACUUUGAGGAGAUUGGUCUGCUAGAUGAGGGGAUGGAGGUGUACGGGGGAGAAAAUGUGGAGCUGGGCAUCAGGGUGUGGCAGUGUGGGGGCAGUGUUGAGGUCCUGCCUUGCGCUCGCAUCGCCCACAUCGAGCGUGCUCAUAAACCCUACACUGAGGACCUGACAUCUCACGUUCGGCGAAAUGCUCUCAGAGUUGCAGAAGUUUGGAUGGAUGAGUUUAAGAGCCAUGUCUACAUGGCCUGGAAUAUUCCCCAGGAGGACUCAGGGAUUGAUAUUGGUGAUAUCUCUGAGAGGAAGGCCCUGAGGAAGAGGCUGCAGUGUAAAACUUUCCGAUGGUACCUGGUCAACAUCUACCCUGAGAUGAGGAUGUACAGCGACACCAUCGCAUAUGGAGUACUGAAAAACUCUCUGAAGAAUGAUCUGUGUCUGGACCAGGGGCCUGACAAUGACAAUGUCCCCAUCCUGUAUCUCUGUCACGGGAUGACACCUCAGAAUGUGUACUACACCAGUGCUCAGCAGCUGCACAUUGGGCUCCUCAGUCCCACCGUUGAUGACGACGACAACAAGUGCCUGGUGGAUGUGAAUAGCAGACCUCGCCUCAUCGAGUGCAGCUAUGCAGCAGCCAAACGCAUGAAGCUCCACUGGCUCUUCACUCAGGGAGGAUCCAUUCAGAACAGGAAAUCAAAGAGAUGCCUAGAGCUUGUAGCGAGCAGCGACAAUGAGUUCGGCUACCAACUGGCUCUGCAGAAAUGCACCGGACAGAAAUGGUUCAUCACAAACGUGCUGUUUAGCAGCUCGUUAUGA